AUGGUAGUGACGAAUACCGGAAACUCAUUGAAAGGUACAAUAGUUGUGUCAAACUGUGAUAAGGAGUCUCUUUCGCAAUCGAAAGAUACAUUAUCUGAUACGUUGACACAAAAAGUUCAAACAGACACCAAAAAUUCUAAUUCACAAGUUCAAGUGAACCAAAUCAGAGAAUUGUCUGAUGGCACACUUGCUCUUGAUUAUGAAUGUACAGGUGUGUCUGAUCAAAAGACAGCCAAAAGUGCACUGAAUACCGCUGUUCAACAAGAUGACGUCAAGCAAACUAUAGUUCAAUCUUCAAAGAGUGAUGCAUCUAAUACAGGCGAUUCAAAACAACAGAAAGCUAACCAGCCAAACCAACCCUCAGUAACUACACAGCCACCAGCACCGACCACGACGCUACCCGCAUCUACCACAAAGCCACCAGCACCAACUACACAGACAGCAGCACCUACCACACAGACAGCCGCACCUACAACCAAACAACCAGCACCCACUACACAGACAGCAGCACCUACCACGCAGACACCCGCACCUACAACCAAACCACCAGCACCCACUACACAAACAGCAGCACCUACCACACAAACAGCUGCACCUACAACCAAACCACCAGCACCCACUACACAAACAGCAGCACCUACCACGCAGCCAACAACUGCAUCGAAAGCAACGAAAGCCACGCAGAAAGCACUCAAAUCAAGCAAGCCAUCGACUGUAGAUUGUGACAAAGAUCAUAAGGUAACAGCGCAAGAUGAUAAGAAUAUUAAUGGGGUUUUAGUAGUCAAAUCAUGUCAUGCAACACGUUUUGCUCGAAAACCAAGUCGAUGUACCAAUGUUGGAAAUAAGUUAGGUUCACUUGUUAAAAAUCGAUUAGACAAAGUUGGUAUUAAGGGCCAAUUUCCUGUUAAAAUUGUGAAAACAUCAGGUGACAAGACACAAACUGAAUUUCAUUAUACAAUACCAUGCGAUAAGUCACAGCAACAGACGGUGAUACAGUCAUUGAAAGAUUCUUGCAAAGACAAAGAUUUCGUUGACACUAUCACAGCAGAAAAUCAACCUGAUGAAGAUGAUUCAAGCUCAGAAAGUGACUCAGGAAGUGCGGAACGUUCAACCCAGCAAGUGGUACAAAGAGCAACACCACAGGACAAAGUGGCUGCCACUACAACUGAACAACCAAUACAACGUAAAACCGCGAAAGUUGGUAGCACAAAGAAACCUUCAGCAACAAAGCGAACAGUUCAAAUGAAAAAUUGUGAUGAUGAUGACAGCGUCCGUGAAGAUGAUGAUCAAACAAUGACUGGUAAAAUUGUUGUUCAAGAUUGUCCUUGUGAAAAACGAUUCAAAAACAAUCGAACACGACUUGCUGUGCUUUCUGCUACUCUUGAUAAGCAACUUCGGACUUAUUACCAACAGCUUUAUAAUACUAAAAUUAAUUACAAAUGUAAUGUGAAAGUACUUAGUGGAAACAGUACACACACAGUAUUCACUUAUACUGUUCAAAUACCAAAAUCUGAUCAUACAAGAGCAAGAGCAGCAUUCAAACUACUGUGCAAAGAUGACGAAGUGAAAAAAACGAUUGAAACAGCAUCAAUCAAACAAGAAGGUGAUGAUGACAGUGACAGUUCGGAAGCUAAUGAUAAUAGUAGUUCCGAAGAAGGUCAAACUGUGGCAACCAUACGUGCUACGACAAAGAAGAUACCUGCUGCCCCGACAGAAAAAUCUACCGAGUCCCAGACACCCAAGAAUCAGGCAGUGUCUACAACUCUCCCUAGCGUGACAUCUAAAGUUGCCACGAAAUCUGGUAAAACACUCAAACCAAGCAAGCCAUCGACUGUAGAUUGUGACAAAGAUCAUAAGGUAAUAGCCCAAGAUGAUAAGAACAUCAAUGGUGUUUUGAUAGUCAAAUCAUGUCAUGCAACACGUUUUGCUCGAAAACCAAGUCGAUGUGCCAAUGUUGGCAAUAAAUUAGGUUCACUUGUUAAAACUCGACUUGACAAAGUUGGUAUUAAGGGCCAAUUUCCUGUUAACAUCGUCAAAACAUCAGGUGAUAAGACACAAACUGAAUUUCAUUAUACAAUACCAUGCGAUAAGUCACAGCAACAGACGGUGAUACAGUCAUUGAAAGAUUCUUGCAAAGACAAAGAUUUCGUUGACACUAUCACAGCAGAAAAUCAACCUGAUGAAGAUGACUCAAGCUCAGAAAGUGACGAAGACAGUGCGGAAGGUGCAACCACUAAAUUUAUACAAAAAGAAGCAUCACACGGCAUAGUGACUGGUACAAGUGAGCAAUCCACACAACGUAAGAUCAUAAAAGCUGGUGCCACAAAGAAACCUCCUACAACGAAGCGAACCGUCCAAGUCAAGAAUUGUGAUGAUGAUAACAACAUUCGAUCAGAAGACGAUCAAACAAUAAGCGGUAAAAUUAUUGUUGAAGAUUGUCCUUGUGAAAAACGAUUCAAAAACAAUGCAACACGACUUGCCGUACUUUCUGCUACAAUUGCUAAACAACUACGCGCUUAUUACCAGAAGCUUUAUGGUACAAGCAUUAAUUACAAGUGCAUUGUCAAUGUACUCAGUGGAAACAAUACACACACAGUAUUCACUUACACUGUGAAAAUACCGAAAGCUGAUCAUACUCGGGCACGAGCAGCACUCAAAUUAAUGUGUAAAGACGAAGAAGUGAAAAAAACGAUUGAAACAGCAUCCAUUAAACAAGAAGGUGAUGAAGAUAGUGAUAGUAGCAGUUCCGAAGAAGACCAAACUGUUGCAAAGCAACCGGCAGUAACAAAGAAGGCGACAGUUGCACCUACAGAAAAACAGACCCAACCUGAGAGAACUCAGAAGCUACAAGUGUCUACAACCGCAGCUGGUGCUCCAUCUAAAGUUGCUACAAAAUCUGGCAAAACACUCAAACCAAGCAAACCAUCAACCGUUGAUUGUGACAAAGACCACAAAAUAACAGCACAAGAUGAUAAGAAUAUAAAUGGUGUUUUAAUAGUCCGAUCAUGUCAUGCAUCACGUUUUGCUCGAAAACGAAGUCGAUGUACCAAUGUUGGUAAUAAAUUGGGUUCACUUGUUAAAAGUCGACUAGACAAAGUUGGUAUCAAGGGCCAAUUUCCUGUUAACAUUGUGAAAACNAACUGCAUCUAUGGGUAUAAUUAG